GCCACACCCCCUUGCAGGUGCGUCUCAUUAAAGACGCAACUAAAAUGGAGCACGACCGCUGCGCUUCCGAGGCGAAGGCGCCAGAUUCGAAUAUUCAUGUCACGCAGCGGAGGGGAAAGUGGAGCCCAGAGCCCGCUGCUCUCCUCCAGUUUCUGUUUCAGCCCACGGUCAUGCGUCUGUGCGAAGGGCUGGUCGACGGCCAUGUUGAACGGCCUCCCCGAUCCGUUCGUGGCCGCUUCCGCCGGGUGCUCCACCCCAGAGCCUUGGCUUCUACCUGGCUGCAGCUCUGUUUUCGAGAAACUGGUCAGUAACGUUUCUCCGAUCCCGAUGUCGCCGACGGAAAUCGGCCUGCGAGGAGGGGAGAGAUCUGCCACUACUAAACCACGCAGGACAUCAAUCUUGGAGCGUUGCAUCCUUAAAGUGUCCACCAGCAGCAUCGCUGUGGGAACCGAAGAUCUGGACAAAAGCAGGUCUUCGCUGCCUCGCUGCUUCCCUCGCAUACCAGACCCGAACAGCGCCGAGACCAACGCCGCGGUUCUCAAGCGCAGACAGAAGCAGAUCCUGUACGGAAAGACCACGAGUGGCUACCAGAACUACCUGGAACAAGUCCCAAAACACCUGAGAGACCCGAAGCUCCACCCAUCCACCCCCAACAAGUACAGGAAGUACAGCAGGCGCUCCUGGGACAUGCAAGUCCGCCUGUGGCGACGAGCGCUGCACCAGUGGGACCCGCCCAGCGACGCCCCGUCGGAUGCCUGCGACCUCACUCCUGACCCCGUGGAGCAACUUGAGAACCAGCUGGCAAAGAUGACCUCUGACUUGUGUGACGAUGGAGAGAAGCAGAGAGAGAAUGAGAGCCCGGCGGCCCCGAAGGCCUCCUCUGUGUCCCCCCUGUCGGCUGACAUGUCGCCGGAGCUACCGGACGCCUGGAACGUUCCGCUGUCACCGGAUCCCGAGAGGAGACGCAGACCCCUUCGCUCUCCCCCUGGCCUCAGCUGCUCCUUCAGGAUUCAGCUGACUGACAACAACAUGGCUGACUGGCUCCACCUCCAGCUGGAAGAUGAGCAUACAGGGGAUUUCAGCGCCGGCGAUCAACAGGUCCCGAUGUUUUCGGACCAGUACCUAUGGAAUCCCUACUGAUCGACCCUGGUCCGGUCAUCACUGAGCAACGUCACCAUGAAAAUGCCGGAUUGUCAUCCGCACUUCAAUCUUUGUACACGUUUCUGGUGUCUUUUGGCUUUUUUUAAGAACACAGGAUGUGAUUUUUGGCCCUUGAGCUUCUUUGCUCUCGUUUGUACCUUUUUUGGAGGGAAUGGAUGAGAUUUUUCCAGCUGCUCUUAAAACUGUUUAACAGAGCAGAGGUCGACUUGGCACUUUGGCCCGAGCAUGUUUGUCAUUUACACUCGUUAACUGCACUUUGUCACCUUCGCCUUUUUUUUUUUUUUUUUUUUUCAAUGUACACUUUUUGUAUUUAAAGUCACUUUCUUUUUCUGCCCCUUUCACUUUAUGGCCUCUGUAGAGGCUUUUGUUUUAUUUUUGUCAAUGUUCUCCUCUGUUCUGAUGAUGCUGCUUCCAUCUUUUCCUUUUUAUUUAUAUGUAAUGUGCUUUGAAUAUUGAAAGUGAAGCUGAAAUAAAGAUGUAAAUAAAGUGUAAAAGAGA